UUGAUGUGAGUCGGGUAGGUUGACAAAUGAUUUUUCGUAUAAAACUAGACCGUUUUUUGCCAAUCAGCAUCAAAUCAAUUUAGUGUCUUCGUUAGCAAACUACUGCUUUAGAGCUUUUCGAAAGUUAAAUCCAAUUACAUCAAAAUGAAUAAAUUUAUCCUUAUUGCCACCAUCGCUUCGCUAGCCUGUGUUGCCCAUGGUGCUAUUAGCCACGGCACUCACGCUGAGACGUUGAAGCACAACAGCCAUGUGAACGAGGAUGGCAGCUAUAAGCUGGACUAUGCGACCUCCAACGGUAUUAGCGCUCAAGAGGAGGGCUUUGGUGGUCAUCACGCCAGCGGCGGUUUUUCGUACUACUCACCUGAAGGUGAACUCAUCCAGCUCUCCUACUUGGCUGAUGAGAACGGUUUCAACCCUCAGGGUAACCACUUGCCCACUCCUCCACCAAUCCCACCACAGAUCCUCAAGUCUUUGGAAUACAUUCGUCUUCAUCCAUACGAUGAGGAAGCUGCCCAUCGUCAGCAACUUCAACAACAACAACACCGUCCACAGCAACAGGCCCACCUAAAACAAUUCCAGAAUGUAGCGGCACACAUACGUCGCCCAGCUCAACGUAGACACUUUUAAGAAGCCAAAAGUCAAAUAGUUAGUCCAAAUGAUGGACAAGUUCCUACAUCAAAGCUCAAUGCAUUGUAGCCAAUACAUACCUAUACAUAAUUCACAUACAUAUUACUCCUAGUUUCAAUAAAUGCCGUUAUCAAAACAA